CGCUAAGCUUCGUUCAUGCCAUAAAAUCUUAUACCUCUUCAAAUCUUUCUUUUGGAUCUAUGUUUCUCUAUCGUUAACUCUUUCUCUCGAAAUAUGAUCAUGAAAGAUUCAUAUGGAGAAGAGGAGCCAUUGAAUCUCAGCCUGGCAAUUAUGGCAGAUCCCGGCGUUGAAAAGGUUCACAGGAAGAGGAAGAGAAAGGUUCAUGCUUGUAAGCCGCCAUUAAACAACGUCCCAUCCUCUUAUUACGAAGGUUGCGAAGGGAAGAUCUUUAAGCUUCUUCAACUGAGAGAAGAGAUGUUAAAGCUCGAUCAUCACAAGAGAAAAGGUGUAGUACUCGAAGACGGUAAAGGCCUUCAUUUGAUCCAUUUGCUGCUCAUCACCGCCACCUCGGUCGACGAGAACAAUGUGAUCUCGGCCUUGGACAAUCUCGCACAACUUUACCAAACUGUGUCGUUAACGGGGGAUUCGGUUCAAAGGGUCGUCGCUUAUUUCGCCGACAGCUUACUCGCAAGGCUUCUCACUCGGAAAUCACCUUUCUACGACAUGAUAAUGAAGGAGCCGACCAUUGAAGAAGAGUUUUUAGCUUUCACUUGUCUUUAUAGGGCGUCACCUUAUUACCAGUUCGCUCAUUUCACUGCUAACCAAGCUAUAAUCGAAGCCUUUGAGAAAGAGGAAGACGUCAAUAACCGAACAUUGCAUGUUAUCGAUUUCGAUGUCUCCUAUGGCUUCCAAUGGCCUUCCCUCAUUCAAUCACUCUCCGAAAAGGCUACGACUGGUAACCGGAUAUCGCUUCGUUUAACGGGCUUCACAAGAAGCUUAGCACAGCUGCAAGAAACCGAGAGUAGAUUAGUGAGCUUUGCAAAAGGAUUCCGCAAUCUGGUCUUCGAAUUCCAAGGCUUGUUAAGAGGUUCCAAGCUGAUUAACCUUCGUAAAAAGAAGAACGAAACGGUUGCUGUGAAUUUGGUUUUCCAUUUGAAUACUUUGAAUAAAUCUACCAAAGUAUCGGAGACGUUGAAAUCAGUGCAUUCGCUUAGGCCUUCCAUUGUUGUGUUAGUUGAACAAGAAGGUAGCGGAAGCCCGAGAAGCUUCCUAUCGAGAUUUAUGGAGUCUUUACAUUACUUUGCAGCCAUGUUUGAUUCAUUGGAUGAUUGUCUCCCACUAGAAAGCGCUGAGAGAUUAAGCAUUGAGAAAAAGCAUCUAGGGAAGGAGAUCAAAAGUGUGAUCAACUUUGACAAGGACGAGGAAGAUAGUGAAUCGUUUCCGAGCUAUGAAAAGAUGGAAACAUGGAAGAACAGGAUGGAGAGCCAUGGGUUUGAAGGGAUGAAACUGAGUUCCAAGUGUUUGAUACAGGCGAAACUUCUGCUGAAAAUCACCACCCAUUAUAGCCCUCUUCAGUGUGAAGGAGAUGUCAAUGGUGGGUUUAGAGUUUUUGAAAGAGAUGAAGCAAAGGCUCUCUCUUUAGGGUGGCAAGAUAGGUGCUUGCUUACUGCAUCUGCAUGGCAAUGUGCAUGAUAUGACUAGAUUGAACAUUAUCUGCCCU